AAUAAAUAGAGCCGUAUUUUCUCUUAUCAUCACUCUAGGAAAUUUCUUGGAAAGUCACUAUGAGUUGCUACUUUCUUCCACCAUUUAACCUCCGCUCCUUCCUCUCUACUUCUUCAUCAUUCUCCAUUUCUCUUCCUUUUACGAUCCAAAUUCAUCACCAUGAAGCUAAUCACAAACCUCCCUAAAAAACUCUUCAAGUCCAAAAAAACCCGAUCCAUUUCUAGAUCCGAAAACCCAUCAUUCGGCUCCGUAACCACCUCCUCCUCCACCGGGUCCGUAACCACGCCAACCACAGUGUUACCCACUCAAUGGCCGUCUGAGAUUCCCACCGAAGUUUACUCCGAACUAGUACAAGCCUUUAACAUGAUUGACGGAGACGGCGACGGGAAGAUACAGAAGGAAGAACUCUCAGCUAUUUUGACUCGAGUUGGAUCGGAGCCUCCGAGCGAGGAGGAACUGGUAUUGUUACUUAAUGAAGUAGAUGUAAACGGAGAUGGAUGUAUUAGUUUACAGGAAUUCCGAGCUAUUAGCUCGGCGUUCGGACCGCCGGCGUGUAAUUCCGAGAUGAGAGAUACGUUUGAUUUCUUCGACGCCGAUCACGACGGGAAGAUAACGGCGGAGGAGCUUUUUAACGUGUUUAGAACCAUCGGGGAUGGACGGUGCACGUUAGAGGAGUGCCGGCGUAUGAUAAGAGGUGUAGAUAAAAAUGGAGAUGGAUUCGUAUGCUUCGAGGACUUUAGUCUUAUGAUGGAACAGCAAAGAUGAUUGGUCAUCUUUGAUUGUGUUUCCUGAAAAAUAAAGUCCUUUUAUUUUUAUUUUUAUUUUGGGAAAAAAAUGAUGUGAUUAUUCAAUAAUUUGGAUUAAUUAGAAGUACGAUCAUGCCAAAAUAUUGUGUAUAAAAAUUUAUGGACCCAGCGAAAAAUUAAAUGGGACAUAAUAUAUAUAGAUUCAGAUUCUAAUUAAUUUCAGUGUGGUCUUUUUUUUGUA